GUUGGAAACUAAAACAAGGGAAGGCUUGUUUUGAGUUGAAAGCUGGUUACAUAUUAUUUACUACACCAUGAAUAGAUACAAAUAGACAUUCACAAACCAGUAAUCACACUGCACUCUCAAAUCUCAAUAUCAAGUCUCCAACCCAACCAAACUCCAUUGCUCUCACCAAACCAUGAAAAACUCACAAGAGAAGAAACAUGUCGCAGUGUUUGUUUUCCCCUUUGGAAGCCACCCUGUUCCCCUCUUAAACCUUGUGCUCAAGCUAGUUCAUGCCACUCCCAAUAACUUGAAAUUCUCAUUCCUAGGCACUGAACACUCCAACAAACCUCUUCUCUCAAAACCCCACAUCCCAGACACCAUCAAGUUCUAUAGUAUAAGCGAUGGAGUCCCAGAGGGUCAUGUCCCAGGUGGCCACCCAGUUGAGAGAGUAAACUUUUUUCUUGAGGCUGGUCCUGAGAACUUGCAAAAGGGUAUAGACAUGGCAGUGGCAGAGACUAAAGAGAGUGUCACUUGCAUCAUCGCUGAUGCUUUUGUCACACCUUCUCUCCUUGUGGCUCAACACUUGAACGUUCCAUGCGUUCUAGUUUGGCCUCCUUUGUCAUGUUCUCUCUCUGCACAUUUUCACACCGACUUAAUACGCCAGAAAUAUGAUAACAACAGUGACAAAAACACCCCUUUGGAUUUCAUUCCUGGGUUGUCAAAGAUGCGAGUUGAAGACUUGCCAGAAGAUGUGAUCAACAGUACUGACAGCGAAGAGGAGACACUGUUUUCAAAGACACUAGCUUCAUUGGGAAGUGUCUUGCCACAAGCUGAGGCAGUGGUUGUGAAUUUCUUUGAGGAACUAGAUCCACCGUUGUUGGUUCAUGACAUGAGGUCAAAGUUGAAGAGUUUUCUCUACGUUGGUUUUCUGACUCUUUCAGUGCCUCUACCACCCUUGCCUCCAUCAGACACAGAUGCAACAGGGUGCUUGUCAUGGCUGGAUCACAAGCAGAAGCAGAAUAAUGGUGUUGGGUCAGUGGCAUAUGUUAGCUUUGGGACAGUGGUGACCCCACCUCCUCAUGAGAUUGUGGCAGUGGCUGAAGCAUUGGAAGCAAGUGGUGUUCCCUUUCUUUGGUCUCUCAAGGAGCAUCUGAAGGGUGUUCUGCCAAGAGGGUUUCUUGAGAGAACAAGUGAGAGUGGGAAAGUUGUGGCUUGGGCCCCACAGACUCAGGUUUUGGGACAUGGUUCUGUGGGUGUGUUUGUGACACACUGCGGGUGUAACUCGGUGUUUGAGAGCAUGUCCAAUGGGGUGCCUAUGAUAUGCAGGCCUUUCUUUGGGGAUCAUGGGUUGACUGGAAGGAUGGUUGAGGAUGUUUGGGAGAUUGGUGUGAGAGUGGAAGGUGGAGUGUUCACCAAAGAUGGGUUGGUGAAAUGCUUGAGGCUGGUUCUGGUGGAGGAAGAGGGGAAAAAGAUGAAGGAAAAUGCAAUCAAGGUGAAAAAGACAGUUGUGGAUGCAGCAGGACCACAAGGGAAAGCAGCACAAGAUUUCAACACUUUGCUGGAAGUGGUUUCUAGAUCUUAAUUAAUUAGUGAGAAAAAUGUUUUGAAUAUCAACUUUUUUAUUGGUUGAAGUUUUUAGAAAACUAGAAAAAAUGAUGUGUUUCAUAUCGUAUUUGAUGAUCCAAUAAGAUGAUUUUGUAAUUUUUAAUAUAUUUCAACCAACCAAUAAGAGAGUGUAUAUUUCAAUUAAUAUGAGUGUAUUAGAGAGGAUAUUAUUAGUCGUGGUGGUCACUUUCCGAAAGUGUUUGGAAUGUUUUAUUUUUAAUAUCCUUUUCUCUUGUUUUAUGCUGUGAAUGUAUGGCGAAAAAUAAAUGUCUCAUGAUCGUUCAUUGCUCGGAGCAUUUGAACAGAAAUAAAAAAUGGAGAAAGUUGGAUUCUUGGA